AUAGAUAUGUUUAUAAUUUUUAAUGUGUACAAUAAUUCAUUUUUAUAUUACUUGUAAGUAAUAUAGUUAAGUUCUAUGUUAAUUUUAUCGUGUUUGACAAUAGGAAUUUUUGAUGAAAAUUAACAUUCAUCUAAUAAUUGUUCAGAAAAAGUAAACGCCAUUAUUAUUUCAAAAAUCAGUAUAUAAGUAUAAAAUAUAAAAAAAAAAACAUGAAAAGUAGCUGUUAUACAUUAAGAAAAAGAUUUAAAAAUGAUGCUAUGGAACAAUUGUCAAAGAAAGAAAAUAAAUUACAAAUUUUAUAUAAAUUGUGUAAGCCAGUUUAUGUAAAUAUCAUAAAGUUACCAAUAAAUAAAUCAGAGAUAAAAAAAUGCUGUGAAAAAUACUCAUCUAUAACUCAAAUAAAAGAUACAUCAAAAAAUAGAAAACGAAAAACUAAAAAUUAUGUUAAAAGAAUAAAUUCCAAACAUAAUCAUUUAUGUAAAUCAAAAAUUAAAAUUAAAUCUCAAAAUAUGCUAUUUUCUAAAGAAACAAAAAGUAAAAAUAAAACAUUGUAUAUAAAAAAUUUAUCAAAAGAUAUUAAGCAACCAUUCAUAAAAUUACAUAGAAUAAAUGAAGUAACCAAAAAUAUAUCACAAACAUUUGUAAAAACAAUUUCAUUUGAAGAAUGUACAAUAAAUGUAAAAACAGAAUGCAUGAAAGAAAAUCAAACUGAAUUAAAUGCAUUUAUUGCAGAAUCAGUAGAAUUGACAUCUAUAAAUACUGAUAGAAAUGAAUAUGUUAAUAAUCAAGAAAUUAAAAAUGCAAUAAUUAAUCCUUACAUAAAUAAAAUUUCACAAUCAAAUGAGAAUAAUAAAAAUAAUGAUAAUGAUUCUUCUGAUUCUGAAAUUAUAAGAAUUACUAGAAAAGAGAAUUUUAAAAAGAAACGUAAAAAUGAUAUGAAUAAUGAUUAUGAUAAUAAUAAUGAAUAUAAUAAUAACAAUGAAAAUAAUAAUAUACGUAAAAUAAUUUUAAAUAAAAUAAAAAGAUUGAAAAGAAAUUUACCAGAGCAAACAUUAGAAACUAACAUAGUACAUGAAGAUGUUAAGAAAAAAUAUAUAGAUGAAAAUUCAAUGUUGCAAUUAACAUCAUUAGAUGUUACUAAUGAAUUAUUUAAUCAAUCAGACAAAAAAAUUAAUAUAAAGGAAAAUAUAAAUAUAUCACAACAGAAAUUAGCUAUAUUAUCUACAACAUGUGAUCCUGAUGAUGAAAAAGAUCUUGAUCAAAAUAUACAAGAAGAUAAUUCCAAUUUUAUGCCUUCAGAAUUAAAUCUUCUAAGUAUUAUAGAAAAUGAUACUUCUUCUACAAAAAAACAUGAUUUUAUGGCGAUUGAAAAACCAAUUUUAAAAGACAAAAAUAUUCAAAAACCAAUGCAAGAAUCAUUUAAUUCUAGUACACAUUCUAUACAAAAAUACAAACUUUUUAAAGAGUUAAAAAUCUUUUUAAUAAAAUUUGAUGCUUUGAAAAACUUUAAUAAUAAAUAUUCAGCUAAAGAAAUUGAGAAAUUAAUAGAAACAUAUAUAAAUUCUUUAACGAAUUUUAAUGUUUUAAAACCUCAGAAAAAUAUAAAAUCGAUAAAUAAAAUAUCAAUUAUAUUUAAAAAUGCUAAUGUUAACUCUGAAGAAUCUAUAAACCAUAUUUCAAAUUUAAACAUUUGUGAAACUGCAAAUAAAAAUAUUUGCAUAACUGCCAAAGAAAUACAAAGCAUAAAUGAACCGUUAUCAACUUUUCCAAAAAAGUCAUCUUUAAAUUCAAUUAAUAAAGAAAAAACAAAAAUAUUUGAAAACAAAUCUGAAGAAGAAUUUAAGCAAAAUGCAAUUAAUAAUUCAGAACAAAUUUCAGAUUUACUUUCUAUUACUAAACCUAUGUUAUUAUCUUCUUCACAUGAGUCUAUUAAUGAAACUUCUAAUUUAUCAAAUGUAUUUGAAAAUAUUGUUAAUAUUAAAAAAUCAAUAAAUAUAUUGGAUUCUGCAACAAAAUCUACUAAUGAAAUGUUAUGCUUAAAGGAAAAAAUACUAAAAACUUCCUUAUGUAAACAAAAAUCAAUUCCAGAAAAUGUGAAAGUUAAUACACAUCUUAAAGAUACUACAAAAAGUGUAACUUAUUACUCUUCCAUAAUAUCUCCAAUAAAAGAUAAAAAACUUAAAGAUAAGAAAGAAACUAAAACUUCUACUUAUAAAUGUAUUGUUUGUGAUCUUAAUUUUAAAAAGUAUUCUGAUUUACAUUCACAUUUAAUUAUUCAUACACAAAAGCAAAGUAAUACUUUACCAGGUAUGUCGAAAAAUACUAACGAAUCAUCUGAAAAAUCUCAAGAAAUCGUAACUUGUUUUUCAGAAAUAGAAAUGUUAGAAUCACCAAAAAUAUCUGAACAAAAAAAUACGGAAUAUGUGUCAAAAUUUGUGACUGAUGAUGAUAAACAAUCAAAGAAAAAAGAUAUAACAAAAAGUUUAAUAAAUAAAGAGAAAAAAAAAAUUGAAUUUAUUAAUAAUUCAAAUGAAUGUAAUAUUUGUUUACAAGAUUUUCUAACAAAAACUGAUUUGGCAGCUCAUAUUUAUUUACAUACAGAAAAUGAAUUGCAACAAGCUUAUAAAGUUGCAAAUCAAAAAUUAAAUGAGAGUGAAACGAUGAAAGAUAAAGAAUUUAAACAAAACAAUUCUAAAAAACUUAUUGACAGUAGAAGUAAUAUAAUACCUAACACAAUUCAAAUAAAUGAAAAAAUUAACAGUAAGGAAGAAUUGUUAUGUGUACAAGAAUCGGAUAAAUCAUUAAUUAGAGAAAAUUCUAAAAUUAAAGAUAUAGAAUGCACUGCUUUCAAAGAAAAUGAUAUGCAAAAUAUAGAAUUACCAAUAAAAUUUGAUAAAGAGAAGAUAAAUAAAAAAGAAUGUAAUAAAAAAUCAUUUACAAUAUGUAAAUGUCACAAUAAAUCAGAAACUAAUGAAAAUUGCUUGCAAAUUGAAAUAAUUCUUUUUUGUCAUACUUGUAAAGUAUUAUAUAGAAGUAUAAAAUGUUUUGAGACUCAUUAUCGUCUUCCUGAAUAUGCAGACUGUAAUCAGAAUUGCUUAAACAAUGGUCGUUCUCCAAAUUUAUUUUGUGCUACUUGUGGUAUGAUAUUUAGUUCAGUUCAAGAUGUACGUCAUCAUUUAGAGAUACACGCCCGUUUUAAAAAAAAUUGUAUAAUGGAUUUUCGAUGCAACAUUUGUAAAGUUAUAUUUUGUGGAAUAGGAACUCUUUUUUAUAUUCAUUGGUCACAACAUGCAAAAGAUUCUUUUUGGAUAGCUAGCAAGGAAUCAUUUCCAAAGAAUUCUAUAAUAAACUCAAAAUUAAGAAAAAAUUCUUCAAUAAAUUUAAAUACAUCUACAGAAGAUUAUAUUCAUGUUGCAGAAUAUGUUUGCUGCAAUUGCAAAUUACAUUUUAUUAAUGAAGAUGAUUUAAAAGAACAUAUUCAAAAAUGUAAUAAAUCUAAUUUAUUUAAAAAUGUAACUGUUAUAGAGAAUUCUAAUAACAUUGUUCAGACACAUUUGACAAUAAAAAUAACUUGUAAUUUAUGUGAUAAUACAUUUAAAAAAAAUGAAUUUUAUAAGCAUAUAAAGAAUAAACAUAAUUUUAGUGAUCCUCAAUUUAUUUGUAUAUCAUCUACAACUGCAAAAUUAGUAUUUAUUUGCAGUAUUUGUACAACAGUAACUGAAAAUUUAAAUGAUUUCGAGGAUCAUUGGUUGAAGCAUAAUGUAAUUCAUGCAAAUUUUACUUGCAUAUAUUGCAAUACUAUAUAUUAUAAUAGUUUAAAUUCUUUUAUAGAACAUGCUAAAGAACAUAAAGAGAGUAAUAAUAUGCUCACAUGUAUAGUGAAUUAUGAAAAAGCGAAAUUUAUUUGUGAAUUUUGUAAUAUUGGUUUUGAAUCUUCUCAAAAUAUGCAAGAACAUAUUACUAUUCAUGAACUAAAUAAUAAGAUAUAUUUUAAAACUGAUGAAGUUACAAAUGAUAAUAACUCUGCAUUAUUAUCAAAGAAAAAUCAUGCUUCCAAUCUUACAGAAGUAUCAACUGUUGAGAAACAAAUAGAAAAAACAUUACAAAUGGAAACUCAAACAAUAAAAAAAGAAAGUAAAAUUUGUCCAACAAAAUCUGGUGUAGAUAACGAUACUGAGAAAUUAAUCAAGAUACUAGAAGGAAAUGAAAAUGAUUCUGAUAAUGAAUUAGUAAUAGAUUUGAUAAACGAAUCAGAAUCAUUAAGUGAUGAAAAAAGUAAGGAAAAAGAAAUUACUUCUAAUACUAUAUUAGAAACGUCUUGUAUUAAUCAAACUAAUAUAAUAUUGAAAAAUAAUAUAACUAAAUCACCAGUAACAAGUCUAAAUGUUCAAACAUCUUCACAUUUUACAAAUUUAGAAUCUUCUCAAAAUAUUUUAAAUUCACGAACGUUUAAUUCAAAUAUUAAAUGUACAAAUAUUUUGCAAGAUUCACAUAUAUCUUCAAAAAAGAUUAAUAAUAAUAGUAAUCAAUUUGAUCCAAAAAUUAAAACAACAGAUGAUCAAUUAAUCAUAAAAAAUAUACAACCAAUUAUUCAAAAUAAUAAACUUCAAGAUAUAGUUUCAACUACAGAAUUAGAUUCAGUUUUGAAAACACUAUUAAAAUCCGAAGAACAAGAAGUUCCACCAAGACAAGGAUUCUUAAGAGUAAAAACUCUUGCAGAGCUUAGAGAUCCUGUAUUAGAAUUAGACAAAUUUGAUGAUCAUGUUAUUGAAAAUGUUGGUGAUUCAAUCAAUCAUAAUAUUUUAAAUGAAAAUGAUAAACAACAUAAAAUUAUAGAAAAAGAAUUACCUUCACAACAAUUUAUAGAUUUUACUUCGAACAAGUUUGAGAAAUCAUCAUUAUAUGAAAAAACAACGCAAUUUCAGAAAAAUUCAAAUAUAUUGCCAUUGUCCUCAUUUAAUUCAAAUUAUUCACGAUUAAAUGACCCUAAAAUUCAAGUUUUGCAACCAUAUAGUAUAACAAUAAAUAAUCAUAAUAAUAAACAACAGCAGCAAUUGCAAACGAAUAUAAAUCAAAAUAAAUAUUCAUCUUUUCCACAAGUAACGUCAGCAUACCAUAAAAAUUUACCAGCUUGCAAUAUUGUUCGAACAACUACAACUAUACCACAUUCUAUUUUGAACAGUAAUGAUGGAUCUAAUAAAACUGCAAAAACUAUUAAUAUACAGCAAAAUGUAAAUGUAGCACAUACAACGUCUUCUUUUAUCAAUAAAAAUGAUCAAAUGUCUUCUUUCAAUAACACAAUCAAGUCAAAUAAAUAUAAAUGUCAUUAUUGCGAUUUUUGUACAGAUAAUUUAUCAAACUUGUCAAAACAUAACUUACCAGGUAAUCAUAUUAGUUGUAAAAAACAAUAUUUGCAACAUAGUAAGCAGAACAAAAAAUUCAAAGAAGUUGAUAAUUUACAAACAAAGACAAGAAUUAUGCAAAACCAAGAUCCAAGUUAUGAACAAUUUCAACAAUCAAUUAUAAAUCAAUCAGAAAUUAAAUAUACUUCUUUGCCUACAUGUUAUCAAUAUCCUUAUAUUGCUAAAAUAACAAAUAAUUCAGAUAAAAGUACUCCAAUGCUUAAGCAAAAUCAGCAAAUAAUAACUAAUCAACCAAUAACAGAAAAUAUUUCUUCUGUUUAUUAUAAAAAUUUAAAUCAUAAUGCUGGUGGAAUGUCAAUAGUGAUCAAUCAAACUGCUCCUGCUAUACAGAAUGUACCAACAAUAGAAUUUGUGCAACAACCAACACAGCAACAAAUAUAUCAAUCACAAGUUUACAAUGAACCAAUGACAAUUAUAGAUGCUCAAUAUAUGCAGCAAUCACAGAAUUUAAUAAAUUUUUCUGAUGUUUACCAAAUGACGAGCAAUCAGUAUAAACUAUCUAAGCCAAAUAUUACUUAUGAAGUUCGAUGCGUAUGUUCUUACUGUACGAAAAAAUUUAUUUCUGAAGAUUUAUUGCAGUUACAUAUGAACAUUUUUCAUAAUUUUGUAUGUAAUAUUUGCAAUUUGCGUUUAUAUAAUUUUAACGAUUUUAAUCUUCAUAAAAUUAAACACAAGAUAUAUUAAGUUCAAAAUGUUACUAAUUUAGAAUAAUAAAUAUAAAAUAUUAAAAGAUAUUUAUAGUUUGAUAUUUAUACAUAAACAUUGUAUAAAUAUUUGUAUGUGUAAAUUGUAUGUGAAAAUUAUAUAUCUUGAAGAUAUAAUAUAUAAUUGUAAUUGCAUGAUAUAUAAUUUUUUGCAAAAAUUACCGCAUUAAGCUGUAGUAAUUAUGCACUGAAUGAAAUAAUAAU